GAGAUUGGAAUCCUGCCCAGUGUGCCCACCUAGUCAUUCAUUCGUAAACUUUGCCUGCUAUUAGUUAUCAGUUAAGCAUCCUUAUCCAUGCAUUGAUUUUUUCAAAUUUUACCCAGCUUUAUUUGACGAGAUGAUUUUGGCACCCUAUAAAUCAAGGCCUAGUUCAACCAAGUUAUAGUGUCACAGAUCUGUUUUGCUGCUACAAUCAAUCUUUGCAAUGGGUGGCUGUUCUUUCUUGUCAUGUUGCUUUCUUUUUGCUUUUCUGAUGGUGUGCUCCCAUGCUUCCCACCAUGUCUGGGACGAAACCAGUUUGGAGGACCUCCAAAAGGCCAAGCCAAGCCCUAUAUUUAAUCUGUCUAUCUCCAAUUUUCAUAAGACAGCCUAUCACUUUCAGCCUCUGAAGAAUUGGAUGAACGGUAUGUGUAGAAUUAUGGAUUUUGCAAAGGUGUUUUUUUUUGGUGAGCAAUUUUAUGUAACUUAGAAUUAUGAAUGUUAUAUUUUUCCUGGUAAUGAGGGUUAUUUGUUUUAACAAAUGUUUCAUGCUGAUCUGGAUGUAUUUAAUAUGUGCAUGGAGCAACGAUGAAGACCCCAAUGCCCCAUUUUUCUACAAGGGCUACUACCAUCUGUUCUACCAAUAUAAUCCCUUUUCAGCUGUUUGGGGGUUGAUUAGAUGGGGGCAUGCAGUUUCUAGAGAUUUGAUAAAUUGGGAGCACUUGCCUGGAGCAGCUCUGUACCCAGAUGAAUGGUAUGACAUUAAUGGUGCUUGGUCUGGAUCUGCAACAAAAAUGCAAGAGGGUGGUGCUCCUGUUAUUUUGUACACGGGCAGCACCAAUGUCUUUGUACAAGUUACAAACAUGGCAGUUCCUAAGGAUCCCUCAGACCCUUUACUAAGGGAGUGGAAGAAAGUUCCAGAGAAUCCUAUCAUGAUGCCUGAGGGUAUUAUCAAUAGCAGUUCAUUCAGAGACCCAACUACAGCCUGGUUGGGAUCAGACGACAUAUGGCGAGUACUGGUGGGGAAUAAGAGAGAUAAGCAGAAGAGAGGAAUGGCUUUGCUUUACAAAAGCAAGGAUUUCAAGAAAUGGGUCAAGGCAAAACACCCACUUCAUUCUGCAAAGCAUUUUGGAAUGUGGGAAUGUCCUGAUUUUUACCCUGUUUCCCUCCAUGGCAAUGAUGACCUUGAUGCAUCUGUUGAGGGUCCUUUUCUGAAACAUGUGCUGAAGAACAGUUUGGAUGAUUCCAAGGUAGACUAUUACACUGUGGGCAAGUAUUUCCCUAAAUUGGAAAGAUAUGUGCCUGACAAUGGAUCUGUGGAGGGCCCAAAUGGGCUUAGAUAUGAUUAUGGCAAAUUUUAUGCCUCGAAAACAUUUUAUGAUGAUAAUAAGGGAAGAAGGAUUUUGUGGGGAUGGAUUAAUGAGUCUGACAGUGUGGCAGACGAUAUCACCAAAGGAUGGGCUUCCGUUCAGGGGAUACCGAGGAUUGUAAGGCUUGACAGUAGCAGCAGGAGCAGUCUCAUUCAAUGGCCUGUGUCCGAGGUGGAAGCUUUGAGGGGCACAAGUGUAACAAAACAUAAUGUGGUAUUAAAGAGAGGAUCAGUCAUGAAGAUAGAUGGACUAAAUUCAGGAGCAGCACAGGUCGAUGUGGAAGUUGAAUUCAAGUUAGAUAAUAAAGUCGAAGACCAUGUCUAUGAAACAGUGGAGGACAUGGAUGUUUUUACCAAUGCCCAAAAGUUGUGCAGCAGGGGUAAAAAUGUUGAAGGGACUGCACAGGGAUUUGGUCUAAUGGUUUUGGCAUCGGAUGAUCUGAGAGAAAGAAGCGUUGUAUCUUUCAGAUUUUUCAAACAAAAAUCAGACGACCGGAUAAGGAAAGUGGCUUUGUGUGUCGACCAAAGCAGGUCAUCUUUAGACACUGAUAUGGACAAAACAAGCUAUGGAGGAUUUGUAAACCUGUCUCCUCAUCAGAAAUCCCUCUCUCUGCGAGUUCUGGUGGAUCACAGUAUAAUAGAGAGCUUUGCAGAGGGGGGCAAAACUUGCAUCACAUCAAGGAGCUAUCCCAUGUUGGCAGUGAAUGAGAAUGCCCAUUUAUUCGUGUUUAAUAAUGGAGACUCAAAUGUUAUUAUACGCAGGUUGACAGCAUGGCACAUGAAAGAGGCCCGUCAACAAUAUUCAUCAAUUCUGUAGAGAAUAACAUUACGUGGACUGUAAUUAUUUUGCAGUUUUGCUUGAUUUUACAGUCUAAAACACGUGAGCUGAUUACACGUGAAAUUUUCUAUUGUGAUGUUUGUGUUGGUAUUCUGACAGCCUGUUUGUGUGCUGCCUUUUGACCUUUUUGAUCAGAUUUGCUAUCCAUUUUGUAUUGUACUACAACAGUUAUAAUGUUAGAAACCAGCUAUUCUGCGA